AUGCCAGCAUCGAAGUUUGAAGCCUUCAACCGAGCGAAUGGCUACUCCACACCCAGUAGUGAGGCGUCUGGCAUCAUGUCGCGAUCGUUCCUGGCACCGCCCAAGAAACGUGAUGGUGUGCGAGCGUAUCAAAUCGCUCCAAUCCACUCUGGCAUGUGUCAUCCACCUCAAUCAGAAGCAGUACGUCGCGAUUUGUUGGAGUAUUUUGCCGCCAACGGCAUCACCAGAUCUUCCGUGACGCGUUUGCCCUGCCGUUCCUUCAGCAGCGACUCCCGGCCUGCACCGCGCUGGCGGCCGAGUGGUUUGGCACCGGUGAGGAGCUCAAGCCUGAUGCCAUUGGGAGCUGCUGCGGAACCUCCAAAGAUGCCCAUCAAGACGUCCAUCAUCCGUUUCAAGAAGCAAGUGCAGAAGAGGCAGUUGCCUUUCGUAGUCUAG